ACAUUUACUGUGUUUUGUGUAUUGUGAAUUGUCCCAUGUCUGUUUACAUUAUUAUAUUUUCGAUUUUUUUGUAUCGUUUUACUUAAUAUUGAAAGGUUAGUGUUCGCCGAUUACUUAUUAUGAAUGGUUUUUUUUUUAAUUUUAAGUAAGUGCCUGGUGCUGAGCAAAUAUUAACUUAGAAUCCCAUUAGUUGCUCUUAAAAUAAUUGCGGCACAUUUGUAAUCGAUGGAGGAUUUGCAAACCUCUCAUUUGGCCGCUGCGUUAAUGUCUGGUAGUGGGCAAUAUGCAAAUAGUACAGCCUUAGAAGUACCAACAUCCGUUAGUGGCAAUACAAGUUUAGAAGAACAGAAAGAUAAAACAAAUGAAAUUCGAAAGGAACCUCAUGAAGAAGAAAAAGAAGAGAAAGAUGAUAUUGCUAGUGGAGAAGAGUUUACUGAUGAGGAGUCUGAAGCACAAACAGGCAGUAAGUCCAUGCCAGGAAGAGGUGUCACUCUGCAAAUGCUGUUGGAGGAUAAAAUGUUAGAACCAGGAAUUGCAGCAAUGACGAUUGAGUAUUUGGGUCAAAAGUUUGUUGGCGAUUUGCAAGCAGAUGGUAAAAUUAAAUCACAUGAGACAGAAACAAUAUUUUGUUCUCCAUCUGCAUGGGCCAUACACUGCAAGAGAAUAAUCAAUCCAGAUAAAAGAUCAGGAUGUGGAUGGGCCUCUGUUAAGUAUAAAGGAAAGAAAUUAGAUACAAUCAAAGCAACAUAUCUACGGAAGAAACAAUUGCAAAGGGAAAAUAUGCAUAGUGAUGAGGAAACAGAAAUGGAAGUUGAAAGCCCACCUGAACCUCCUCCACAAAGAGUUGUUAUGAAGCACAAUACUGUUCCAAAUAGAAUGAUGCAACACGAUGCAAAUAUGCUGAUUGAAGCUGUUUCAUUUUCAUCUGCUGGAAAAGUGCAACCUUUUGUAGUAUCUGUAAGCUCCAAUGCAAGCCUGGUCCUUGACAUACAUUGUCAUUUAAAAAAAGAAGAAGUCUAUGGGUAUCUUGCUGGCACAUGGGAUAUGAACUCACAUAAUAUUGUUAUUACACACACAUUUCCAUGUUUGAUAAGUAAAAGUGAUAGCAAGCCACGGGUUCUGGUUGAAUUCGAAAUACAAAUGGAAAUAGAAAAACUUGGUCUUACACUGCUUGGGUGGUACCAUUCACACCCUACUAAUCCUGCUAUGCCAAGUCUUAGAGAUUGUGAUAAUCAACUGGAGUACCAAAUCAAAAUGCGUGGUCCUUCAGAAAUAUCUUAUACACCUUGUAUUGGUGUUAGUUGUUCACCAUAUAACCCUGAGAGUCCAGUUUUGGAGUCUUCUUUGACGUUUUUCUGGGUAAUGCCCCCAUCAGAACAGAGGCCUACUGAAUAUCCGCGCCCUUUAUUAUUGCAAUAUAAUAUGAUUCACGAUAGUCAUCUCACAACGCACGCAAUGGAGCAAAUAAAGAGGAGCAUAAAAUAUUAUUUCACUCACGCUGAUGAAACAUUUGUAAAUUUCAAAGAUAAUUUCAAACCGGACAUAACAUUUCUAGAUAAAUUAAAAUGUACAUUAACACCGAAAUUUCCACGGGAACAAAGUGACGGUUUGCUUUGGCAUUUUAUUAAAGGUGAAUUGGGGUGCGCAUCUGAAAAUGAUGAUAAAAUGGAUUUAGAUGCUUUAUUGGCAGUGCCGCAACCAAUACCUGCAUCUAAACCUAGCCAGACUUCCUCAAUACCUAAUUUUCCUUCAGUCAGUACUUUGCAGCAAAUGGUUAGCAGACCAGCCGGUGUUCCGCCAAUAAACGUGUCGUCUGCGAUAGGUUCCUUAUCACCACAUAAAUUUGAAUCGCCUUUAAACAUUCCAGUCUUGCCAACAUCGUCAAAAUCAUCAAAGUCAUCUACACCUCUGCCACCAGCAUAUCAUACUGGCUUGGAUAUGUUAACAAAUAUGGCCUUAGGUUUGGGCCCUUCUAAUAUACCGUUAUCUUUAGGUGCCAGCGGACUCGAUAGCUUAGCAGCAGCUAAUAGUAUGUUGACAGGCCUUACACCUGGCUUAGGUACGAAUUUAGCGACAGGAUUAUCUAGUUCUAAGUUGCCAGAACUCCCAUCAUACGCUGCUUCGUUACAAAGUCUCACAAGUGGCAUUGGCAAUUAUGAAAAAACAUCGACAAGUACUUCCACUAGUUGUACUUCUUCUGCUGCACCCAUUCCUGCUAGUGUUGCGUCUAAUUUAAUGAUGAGUUCCGCCGAUAUUGCUAACGCACUAUUUUCAGCUAGUAAAUAUUCUAGCGCCGGAAUAUUAGGUAUACCAGAUCCCAUGUCGAAGUCUACGCUAGCUGCUAAUAACAUGUUUUUAUCUCCAUCAUUAUUGAAAAUGCAGGAAUCUCUAUUGAAGCCUCUUUCUACCAGUAGUCCAAUAUCCACCAAAGUUGGGUUAGAUCAAAAUCAACUCAUGAAAUCUCCUCACGAUUUGUUAAAAGGAAACAAGGACGCCUAUCUCCCUCCUGAUUUUGGAUCUUCUGGGAAAGUAAAAGAUAAUGUUUUAUUGGAUCCAAUGAAAACACCUGAGGCAAGUACGUCCUCGAAGGAUGUACCGAAAUCAAUGAGUUUAGAGACAACCGCUACAGAUUUUAGUAUGUCUUCUCGGCUUGGUAGUGAUUCUUAUCUCAAUCAAAUGUUGGAGCUAACGAAAAAGACUACUAUACCAGACUACGCAGCCGAUUACAGUCAAGUGAGAAAACAUACAGAAGAAGAUGCGCAGCCCAUACCUUUAUCGUCACACUCAUAUCAAGCACCCACUAGUAUUGCGGAUUCAAUGGCGCACGUAGGUUUAAGUAAUUACAGUAAAAUGGAUGAUCCUUUGGAUUUCUGUAAAACGCAAGAUUAUAGCAUGAAUCGGAAUUCGAAUGAAUCUCAAAAUUAAGUGUGUAAUGAAAAACAUUGAAUUGUAAUCCUUGAUGGUUUUAUAUUGGCUAUUAUCGAGCAAAAGCAUGACGAAAAUUAAGUAUUAUUUGCGAAGUAUUAUAACGACCGCCUCCUUAGUACAGUGGUAAACGCGUGAGCGUAGAACCGAGAGGUCCUGGGUUCGAUUCCCGGUGGGGACAAUAAAAAAAUGUCUCGGUCUGGCAGGACACAGAAGGCUGAUCACCUACUUGUCCAUAAAGAAAAUCGAUCAGUGAAACAGAUUUAUAUCAUCUGCCCCAUACCCUAGUAGGGGAAACGGGACUUCACUUUAUAACGAUAAGCUUAAUAUCGAAUUCAUGCGAAAGUGUCAAUGUGGUAUUAAGCUUGAUGAAUGAAAAAUUCAAUAAUAUUUUUUCAUUUCUCCACUUCGAUAUAGUCUAUAAAAAUAACGGAUUAAAAGCAUUUAAUGUGGUCUAGGUGUUGAUUAUAUUAGUAUAAUUGUAUUUUGUGUAGGAACAUUUAUGUGUGUACCGUGAUUCUGCAUUUAAAAAGUGUGUAAUAAAAGUGUAAAAAAUG